UUGAUCGCUAAACGAACGACUCCCGCACCACCUAUCUUAGCUGACGGACACCUGACGGGCAUUUAUUCGAACCGAAGCGUGAACAUAAUCAGCUGACUGCGCUGUUGUAACUGCGGUCAUAAACAUCAAACAAGCAUGUUGCGGACAGCAUUUAGUAGACCCCUGGUUGGGCUUCGUACGUUCUUCACGCAUUCUACACACUCUAAGCGGCCAAGUCUCAACAUUACCGAACCACUCAACUAUGUUGGAGGAAGGCAGACGGCUCCACGGGAUGCCCUAGCUUCAUUCCAAGUGCAGGACCCAGCAACAGGGGACGUCAUUUGCACCUGCCCUGGAUCAGGCCAAGUUGAUAUCGACAAGGCUGUCGAGGUUGCAAGGCAGGCGUUUGUGGGUUGGUCAGAGACGCCAGGUGUUGAAAGAGCGAGGAUUUUGACCAGUGCAGCAAAGAAACUGAGAGAACGGAUUGAGAUCGUUUCUGAAAUGGAAUCCAGGGAUUGCGGCAAGCCGAUCUGGGAGGCGCGAGUCGACAUCGAGGCAGCAGCAGAUUCGUUCACGUACAUGGCUGGCCAUGCUGCAACGACAUCCGGCGUCGGGCAGCACGUGCGGCUUCCUGGCGGCUCGUUCGCGAUGGUGUGUCGCGAGCCGAUCGGCGUAUGCGCGGCCAUCGGCGUCUGGAACUUCCCGCUGCUCACCGUUCCUGGAAGGCGGGUCCAGCGCUCGCCUGCGGCAGACACGAUGGUCUACAAAACCGUCGCCGCUCACUCCGCUCACCGCGUCAUCGUUGCCGAGAUAUUCGAGGACGCGGGCUGCGAAGGGCGUCUUCAACGUCGUGCAGGAGCUGGGGAUACUGAGACAUGCUUUGCCGUCAUCAAGAUGUCUCGAAGGUGUCCUUCACAGGCAGUGUUGCUGUUGGCUUCUAGCGGACGCGCCAUUGUGCACAAAUACACCAUCAGGAUAGAGAAGGUGUGUUCCAACGCAACAAGAGUGUAUGUGCAGUCGAGCAUUAUGGAGCAAUUUGUGACCAAGCUCAUCAGGGAGACAGAGGGACUGAAGAUCGGUGAUCCACUAGAAGAAGAUACUCGUAUUGGUGCCACCAUCUCUCAGAAGCAGCUCGACAAAGUUGUUGCUUUCGUCGGGCGGGCCAUCGAGGAGGGAGCCAAGGUGGAGACGGGUGGCAAGCGCUUUGUGCCGACCGACCCGCAUCUCGAGAACGGCUUCUACUUUUCGCCGACGAUCAUGACGAACUGCCGCGACACGAUGCAGAUCGUUAACGAGGAGAUCUUCGGCGCCGUCGUCACGAUACUGCCAUUCGAGACCGAGGAGGAGGUGGUGACGCGAGCGAACAACACGCGGCUAGGACUCGCCGGCGGAGUCUUCACCAGGGAUGUGCAGCGUGCCCACAGGGUAGCCAAUAGGCUGCAAGCUGGAGGCAUUUGCAUCAACAACUACAACAUCUACCCACCCGAGGUACCCUUCGGUGGACACAAAAUGUCCGGAAUCGGCCGAGAGAAUGGUUACGCUGUCAUUGACCAUUACACACAGUUGAAGACUAUAUACGUAGAGAUGAACAAUGUAGAAAGUCCCUUCACAGGCUGAGACUAGAGGCAGUUUUUACCAUAUGUUGUUGGCCACUGGCAAGAAUGUUACAUGAGCUGGUGUUGCUAAACUUUGCCAGACAUUGGUGAAACCAAGUGAUUUUGCAGCAGCCUGCUGCAAACUGGCACGACUAACUGAUAUUACCAUUUCAAUACCGAGUGAUAAUGUUUAGGCAGGUAAAAAUCCACUCUUCAGCAGAAAAUUUAAGAACCCGGUAAUAAAACAUUACCGUGAUAUUAAUGUGAUUAUGUAAUAACACGGUAAUACUGAAUGGAUGAUUAAUAUUCUCUUUGUUAUGUUUGCUGUAUUUCGAUAUACGAUGCAAUCGAUCAUAUUUUUGCAGCAUGUUGUGCAGACUAUAUAAAGAUGUCGCAAAUAUAAAUCCAGUAUUUGGCUCGUGGGGUAACAUUUUUAUUUGUUAGCAUGUGAAGUCAACAAUCACGUGGGGCGUAACAAUCCCGAAUUUAAUUUCAAUCAGGAUUAGUUGCUUCAGCAGACUAUUGUAUUUAAGAUGUGAUCAUCUCCAAGACGUCAGCAAAUUUGUAAAUUUGUAGCCAGGCAUCGAUGCAUGUGUGGGUAGGUUAAUUUUGAACACCUGGUUAAGAAGUCGAGAUGAAUUAUUUUAUAAACUGGUUUUGGAAAUUAAUAUGGGACCAGGAUUAGUUUGUUUCCACCUUGCUGUAGUUUUCUCAGACAAUCAAUGGUCGAAUAAUUAUGCAUUUACAGUUCAUAUAAACGUAAAAGGUUAUUGACAAGCAUAGUAUGUAACAGUGUACGUACAACUUGUAACAGUGUAUUUAUGAAGUAGUCAAUUGCACAAACCUCUUUGUAAUAACAGUUAUCGAUGUUCUGGUGAAAAUGGUGUUCAGCAUUGGAUAGCAGCUAGACAACCUAUAGUCAUGUUUGUUUAUCUGUAGGCGAGUGUUUAUUACUAAUUGUAAUAGAGGAUAUGCUUGAGGUUGUAGUUGCUAUUUGUGUGUGUGGUGUAAACAUUUUAUUAUUAAUGACAAUACAUUUAUGGAGAAAAUAACUAUUGUAUACACACUUGAUAAUAGCUCAGAGUAAUAUAGACAUUACCACUAUGCUGCAUGUACUCACAAAUUUAAUGGGCAGCACUAUGGCAGUUGUCCAAGCCACAGUAAUGCUAAUGCAAUUUGGGUUACUGAUGAAAAUAAUACAAGACUGAACGAACUGAUUGAGCGAUCGCAUGUUGAAGGCUACUGAAAUACAUAUCCGUGUUCAUUUACAACUUCGAUAAAUCCUGUAGUGGAGCCCAACGGAUACUAAUGCGAGAAAGCAGGAUGUUGAAUAAUAAAUACUUGUAGACGA